ACUCCAGUCCUCCUACUACCUAUCAUCCUUUGGAAUUCUUCAUCUCCUACCUCCAUCUGGCUGCUCCAUGAAAAACAAAACACUCACUACAGCUAGCUAGCAGCUGCCUUCUUGUAUUCAUAAACCCUCACUCCUCCUCCUCACCCAUCUCCCCCUCCAUCAUUCUGGUUGCAUUUCGACCAUCGGUCGAGAUGGAGAUGCAGGCGAAGGCGGCUGGGGGUGGGAAGAGGAGCAGGACGAGCGGCGGCACGACGGCGGCGAGGGUAGUGGAGAGGAAAGAGGCAGAGAGGGAGAGGAGGCAGCACAUGAAGGCGCUCUGCGCCAAGCUCACCUCCCUCAUCCCAAAAGAAUACUUCUCCAACCCUGAUACGAUGACCCAGCUAGGCAGCCUGGAUGAGGCUGCGUCAUACAUCAAGAAGCUCAAAGAGAGGGUGGACGAGCUGCAACAUAGGAGGAACUCUGCACAAGCAAUGGCUGCCGCAAGAGGGGCUAGUGGUGCCUCAACGCCCACCACCACCCCUACCACGAGUGGUGGGGCGGGGUCACCAGAAGGAGAGAAACAUUGGGAGGCAUCGGCACCGGUGGUGGAGGUGCGUCAACACGAUGAUACGAGCAUGGAUGUGGUGCUGGUAUGCAGCACAGAGAGGCCGAUCAUGCUCCACCAGGUGAUCACCAUCCUCGAGGAAGAAGGCGCCGAGGUCGUCAAUGCCAAUCACUCCGUUGCUGGCCACAAAAUCUUCUACACCAUACACUCCCGGGCUUUCAGCUCGAGAAUUGGCAUAGAUGUUUCAAGUGUUUCUGAACGACUGAGAGCAUCGAUGCCCAAAAAUAUCACCAACUUGCUCGAAUGUAAUUUACUUUCUACUGGGACAUAUGUACAAUGCUUUGCUUCACUGGCUGAAGGGCAGUAUUUGGCAAAUGGCAAUAUAGGUGGUGGCCUCCACACUCCCUACACCAGCUGCCAACGAGAAGAUGGAAGUAACGAGAAGAUGAUGAUCAAUUGUGCGUGUUGUACGUACACAUGUGUUGCGGCCAUGCAUGGGGUGCACUGCGUCAACCUGCUCUCUGUGGUAGCAUGCAUGCGUGCCCUCUGCUUCUCUGAUCGAUGGGUCAAGUGA